UCUUCAGCAUUAACUUCACUGACUCCUCGCUUACUCCUCAGUCCUCAGUCCUUACUGUCGCCGACUCAUCGCCACAGCUUCGCCACUGAAGCAAGGAACCGAGGAACCAGCAAACUAUCUCCCUCACGGAGCCCUGUUCUGGUGGUUGCCCUCUUGUACGAUCUGUUCAGGAGGUUAACUUCUUCUAAGAUUCUGUGUACACAUCUGGUUAAUGGAAGACUAGAGAUAACUGGCCUCAACGAUUCAUUCUUCCGUAUCAAAUUUAUCACACAACUCAUGGCUAUCCUUCAUCUCUCUGCUUCCCUUCAGACUGGCCCAGCCAUUACAUGCUCCAAACGUUUCUUCCACAACAACAUCUUUGUGCCAUCUUCAUCUGUUGCACUGAUAGUCCCAAGCUAUACUAGAAACAUACGAUUCUUAUGUGAUGUGAAAGAUCCGCACAAAAAGGUGAAGAGUAAGGAUAUUGAUAUAGAUAUUUUUGAUGAAGAACAAGAAUCCAAGGAGGAGGAUGUAGGCGAAUUUUCAGCUCAGGGACUGUAUGCAAGAAGAGAGACCGGGGAUAUUGAUCUUGAGGAUGAACAAGAAGAUAAAAAUGAUUAUGCGGCUGGAUUUUCAGGUCGAGGGGCAUAUGCAGGUAAACAAGAAAAAGAUUAUGACCGUGAUCCAGAAUUUGCUGAAAUUCUUGGAAGUUGUCUUGAUGACCCGAGCAAGGCCCGAUCCAAAAUGGAGGAGAGGUUAAGAAAGAAGAGGAGCAAGAUACUGCACUCAAAGACCGGAUCGGGAGUACCAAUGAAAGUGUCAUUUAACAAAUUUGAUUUCUCAAACUCGUACAUAUGGAUUGAAUUCUACAAUACUCCACUUGCAAAGGACAUCUCCUUACUUUGUGAUACUAUUCGGGCAUGGCACAUAGUUGGACGUCUCGGUGGAUGCAAUUCUAUGAAUAUGCAACUAUCACAAAGUCCUUUGGACAAGAGACCAAGUUAUGAUUAUAUUCAGGGGGCGAAUGUGACACCAACUACAUUUUACAACAUUGGGGAUCUUGAGGUCCAAGAUAACCUUGCUCGAAUAUGGGUCGAUAUUGGAACUAAUGAACCAUUGAUUCUGGAUGUUUUAAUAAACGCAUUGACCCAGAUAAGCUCCGAUUUUGUUGGGAUCAAGCAAUUGAUGUUUGGGGGAGCAGAAUUUGAGAAUUGGAAGGAGAACUUGACAUCUGAGGAAGCGGGUUAUAGCGUUCACAAGAUUUAGACAAUGUUUGAGGCAUUUAUGGUACUGAGUACAUAAUAGACUGUAGAUUUUUUUACCAUUAUUUAUUGCUAAGAGUGUAGAAUUAUAUGCCAUGGUAAAAUCUCCCUUGAACCUGUUGUCUCCUCAAUGGCUUGAUGCAAUUGCUAUAACACUAUGUUGAGAUGUAGAGUAGCUUAUUCGGAAUAUGUUGAGAGAACUUAUUUGAUAGUUAUAUCUUAAUCAGAACAUUUUAGAAGAAUUUUAUUUGAA